AUGACUUUCUCCUCAUCAGCCAUGAUGGCCACAUUCCUCCUUGCCACUUUCUACUCGCAGCUCGCAGCAGCGCAAACCCCAGAGGCCACCACCGUCUCCUUCGCCUCCGUGAUCUUCCCUGCAGUCCCUAUAAUCGACGUCAAUAUCUCCUACAAGGGCUGUGCUCAAGUCCCCGAUCAAGUCACCGCAUUCUCUGCUCUUAACACCGACGCUGUCUUUGCCAUCUACCAGGAUGACGCCUGCAAGAACUACCUUUAUUCCGUCGAGGGUUCCUUGGUCAACAUGCAGGGGGUCAAGAGUAUGUCCUUUGACAAGAUCGACUCGACCAACGCCUAUAAAUUGGGUGUCACCUUUAUGGACUCCACGAUCUCAUCCCAGCCUGCCAACCGCAAUGUCUUGAUCGCCAUGGUUGUAUCAGGUGCCGUCUUCUUCUUUGCCGUUGGUGGCGCUGCCCUCUGGUUCAUGGAGAGAAAGAAGAAGGCCAAAUUGAGCAACAAGGUUGGCGUUUCUGGCGCUGGUCUUCCAGUCUACGCCAGCAAGAGCCAGGAGGCUACCGUCAGACAUGUCUCGUCCUCCUACCCCGCCUCGUCUGCCUCGUCUGUCUCUUAUCUCCCCGCGUACAACAUCACUACAACCACUACUACCUAUACCUCUGCUUAA